CGCGGUUUUCGGAGCUCGCAGGUCGGCGGCAAAGCGGGGGAGGUCGGGAUGGACUCGGCCAGGGCAGGGCCGCUGAGGGAUAGAACUGAAGGCUCAGCUAAAAUAGAAGGCUUGUUUAAGUCAUCUAAUUUUCUCCAGAGACCAGACUUAAACUCCAGAACCUCUAAAAUGCAGGCCUCUGGCUCUCGGGCUGUGCACCUGAGUGAAUGGCAGAAGAAUUACUUUGCGAUUACAUCUGGCACAUGUACAUCAGAACAGAAGGCAGAUGCCUACCGAGCACAGAUAUUACGCAUUCAGUACGCAUGGGCAAACUCUGAGAUCUCCCAGGUCUGUGCUUCCAAACUGUUCAAAAAAUAUGCAGAGAAAUACUCUGCAAUUAUUGAUUCUGACAAUGUUGAAACUGGCUUGAAUAACUAUGCGGAAAAUAUUUUAACUUUAGCAAGAUCUCACCAAACUGACAGUGACAAGUGGCAGUCUGGAUUGUCAAUAAAUAAUGUUUUCAAAAUGAGUAAAGUACAGGAGAUGAUGCAAGCUGGCAAAAAAUUCAGCGACUCUUUGUUGGCACCUGCUGAUGCAUCGGUAAUAAUCCAUAAAGAGGCUGUUGCCUCUAGUUUUCCUAAAUUUAGUGUUUGUGGAGGUUCUGGGGAGAGUGGCCCAUUAGCUAACUCAGCUCAUGGUACAGAUAGGACCCAAGACAUUUCAGAGAGCAAUCCUUUAAAGUACCCUCAGAAUGCCCAGCCGCCUGUGGUGACUAACACUAGUCAGAUGUGUCCUACAUUCCCAACACCUUUUGGUGAGUUAGCCACUGGAAAAUUCCAUGCCACACCAUUAUUUGGAAAUGUCAAAAGGGAAACUAGUGGCUCUCCAAAAGCCAGCAAAGGACAGCAUACAUUCUUGUCUAAUCAGUCUUGUUUUCCUGCUGGCUGUGAAAAUCCACGGGAAAGGAAAGCUUUUUAUGGUUCUGGUACCAUUGAUGCGCUUUCCACCCCAAUACAGAAUAAGGCUUUUAGUAAAACAGAAGAUAGUGGCCAAGGAGAGGAGAACAGCCUGCCGACUUUUAAAACUGCCAAAGAGCAAUUAUGGGUGGAUCAGCAAAAAAAGUACCACCAACCACAGCGUGCAUCAGGGUCUUCGUAUGGUGGUGUCAAGAAGUCUUUGGGGGCUAGUAGAUCCCGAGGAAUAUUUGGAAAGUUUGUUCCUCCUGUACCUAAGCAAGAUGGGGGAGAUGAGAACGGUGGAGUACAGUAUAAGCCCUGUGGUGCAGCAGCCGCAGAGCCAGCACAGCCAGAGGAGCGUCUGAAGAACCUGGAGCCAAAGAUGAUUGAACUGAUUAUGAAUGAGAUUGUGGAUCAUGGCCCUCCGGUAAAUUGGGAAGAUAUUGCAGGGGUAGAAUUUGCCAAAGCCACAAUAAAGGAGAUAGUUGUGUGGCCUAUGAUGAGGCCAGACAUCUUUAUUGGUUUACGGGGACCCCCUAAAGGAAUUCUGCUGUUUGGUCCUCCUGGGACUGGUAAGACUCUGAUUGGCAAGUGCAUUGCUAGUCAGUCUGGGGCAACAUUCUUUAGUAUCUCUGCUUCCUCCUUGACUUCUAAGUGGGUAGGUGAGGGGGAGAAAAUGGUUCGUGCAUUGUUUGCUGUUGCAAGGUGUCAGCAACCAGCUGUGAUAUUCAUUGAUGAAAUUGAUUCCUUAUUAUCUCAGCGGGGAGAUGGUGAGCAUGAAUCUUCUAGAAGGAUAAAAACUGAAUUUCUAGUUCAGUUAGAUGGAGCAACCACAUCUUCUGAAGAUCGUAUUCUAGUGGUGGGAGCAACCAAUCGGCCACAGGAAAUCGAUGAGGCUGCCCGGAGGAGGUUGGUGAAAAGGCUUUAUAUUCCCCUCCCAGAAGCUUCAGCCCGGAAACAGAUAGUGGUUAAUCUGAUGUCCAAGGAGCACUGUUGCUUCAGUGAAGAGGAACUUGAACUGGUUGUACAGCAGUCUGAAGGGUUCUCGGGAGCUGACAUGACACAGCUUUGCAGAGAGGCUUCCCUUGGGCCCAUUCGCAGUUUACACACUGCUGACAUUGCCACAAUAACACCAGACCAAGUUCGACCUAUAGCUCACAUUGACUUUGCAAAUGCGUUUAGAACUGUGCGACCUAGUGUGUCUGCAAAAGAUUUAGAACUUUAUGAAAACUGGAACAGAACUUUCGGUUGUGGAAAGUAAAUGGGACAGUUGGAAUCAAAAGAUGGCCUGUUUGUAGCCUUUUAGCAUCAGAAACUGGGAAUUUACUAACAGUGCUUUUAGUGUAUAUUUUGAAUUCUUACCUCAAAUAAGAUAGAAUGACAAUAACUCAACUUUACAAUUGAUUAUUAUACAGCCCUCAUUUGUCUCCCAAUUAUUACCUGCAGUGUAAGCCUGUGCAAACAAAAGAAGAAUGAACUUUGUUUCUAAGAGGCCUUUCUUUUGAAGAUGUAUAAUAGGAAUAGCAUGCUCAGUUUGAAAUGAAAAAUAUCCUAUUUGUAUAUGAGGAUGUGUCUGAUUUGUAUAAAUCUUUUGCUGAAGAAUUUCUUCUGAACACUAUGAAAUUCUUAGUGUUGGCUAGUAUAGGGGUUUACAUUCAACAGUGCUUGCUUAUUGUUUAAUUGGUUUAUGAUCUCCCCAGAAGUCAGAGUGAAAAUGCCAGUUUUUUGUUCUGGUUUGUAAUCUCUAGUGGUUUUCUUCCCUUACCAGGUCUAACUAAUGAAUACAUGCUCAGAAAUAGCAAUUUGUAACCUAAUAUCAGAGACCUAUCCACAGAAUUCAAAGGUGAAGAAUGUACUUUUUCAUGGGGUAGGUGAUGUUUAAUAAUACAUUAACACUACUUCACAGCCUGUAGUAUUCUCUUUAAAGAUUAAAUGUUUUCACAUUUUUAUAAUGGACCGUUUUGUUUUAUAAGUCAUGCAUGUUCAUGGGAGAAAUGUUAAAAAAUAGAGAUGAACAAAAAGAAAAUAAAAAUCACUGUUACGCUACCACUUUGGGGAACACAGUAUCCGUUAUUCCACAUGGUCUGUGCAGGAGAGGGAUUGCACUGUAUUCUUUUGUAGUCUGCUUUUUCUCUUUAAAGCGUUAACAUCAUCAUUUCCCAUGUUAACAUUCAUUUCAGCAUCUUUCCCUGUAUGACUGCCUGGGAUUCCAUUGUCUAGAUGGAUUAUAAUUUGGUCAGUCCUCCUUUAGAGGGCAUUUGGGGCCAGGACAUAAGUUCAUUUUACCUUUUGUUUAUUGUAAAUGAAAAUAUGUUGCAUGCCUUAGUGAUCUUUGAAAUAUAUAUCUAUACACACACUCACAUAUAUAUAUGUAUACACAUUUCUUGAGUAAGAUUCUUGAAUUAAAGAUUGUGCACAUUUUAAAGCCUUUUGGCACAUGUUCCAAAUUACUCUCUUGAAAAGUAGUGCCUAUAUAGAAUUCCCAUCUGCACUGAAUCAGAGUGUCUGUUUACCUGUACCAUACCAGCCCUUG